AUGUCAGACUGGAAGAACUACAUCAACACUAUACUGAAGGACAAGAACGUGGAAGACGCUGCCAUUGUGGGCCACGCCAACAACAAGGCCGUCUGGGCUUCCAAACCCGGCGGUAUAUUGGCUGCCAUCUCCCCGCAUGAGGUCAGCACGCUAAUAGGGAAGGACCGCAAGACUUUCCUACAAACGGGCAUCACCAUCGGAGGGAAGAAAUGCUCCGUCAUCAGGGACAACCUCCUGGUCAACAACGACGAGGUGAUGGAUGUAAGGAUGAAAGGCGGACAAGGCAAGAGCAUCUGCAUCGGCAAAACCAACAAGAUCAUGGUGUUUAUCAUGGGCAAAAGAGGGGUCCACGGGGGACUCCUCAACAAGCAGGUCCAUGAAAUGGAUAACUAUCUGAAGGAGAAGGGCUUUUAAAGUUAGGGAAGGGACUUUGAAAACAUUUUUACAAACCCAGAUUAGUAAUAAAUUGUUAAAUACCAACAAUUCUGUUAAUUGGUGUUGUAUUUGUUAUUAUAGAAUUAAGAGUAGAGGGCAUUGGGUUGAUACAAUAGUGCUAAUGUUUAUGCUUCAUGUGAACCCCCACCUAUCUAAACCCACCAGCAAUCCGUCACCCUAUUCCUUUGAAGCUUGCCCAAUGUUGGUACAUCGCUCCU